UACCAGAGCAUGGUGCUCUUCUUCUUCGAGCACUCCAGCGGCGUGCAGGUAAUAAUAUAUGGAGAUUUGCCAAAAAAUAAAGAAAAUAUGGUAUGUAUAUCAAAUCAUCAAUGUACAGUUGACUGGAUCAUUGCAGACAUGUUGGCAAUCAGACAGAAUGCUCUUGGACAUGUACGAUAUGUUUUGAAAGAUGGCUUAAAAUGGCUGCCCUUGUAUGGGUGGUAUUUUUCGCAGCAUGGAGGAGUGUAUGUAAAACGAAGUGGCAAAUUCAAUGAAAAAGAAAUGAGAGACAAGCUGCAGGCCCAGGUGAAAACUGAGACUCCCAUGUACCUAGUGAUUUUUCCAGAGGGAACUCGUUACAAUCCAGAGAUAUCAAAAGUUCUUGCAGAUAGUCAGUCAUUUGCUGAAAAAGAAGGACUUGCAGUAUUAAAACAUGUGCUGACACCACGCGUGAAAGCAACUUAUGUUGUCAUUGAUGCAAUGAAGACCUACUUAGAUGCAAUUUAUGAUGUUACAGUAGCAUAUGAAGGUACUGUGGACCACAAAGGGCAAAGAAAAGUAGCACCAUCUAUGACUGAAUUUCUGUGUCAGCAAUGUCCAAGGGUUCAUAUUUAUAUUGAUCGACUUGAAUUGAAGGAUAUUCCAGAAGAACAGAUGUAUAUGAGAAGAUGGCUUCAUGAACGCUUUGAGAUAAAGGAUAAGUUGCUAAUAGAAUUUUAUGAUGCAAAGGAUUCUAAAAGAAGAAAUAAGUUCCCUGGAAAAGGUGUUCAUUCCAAACUAAGCCUGAAGAAAACGUUACCGUCCUUACUGUUUCUAGGUAGCCUGACGGCUAGCAUGCUUCUUACAGAAUCUGGAAGGAAACUUUAUGUAAAAACAUGGAUAUAUGGGACUCUAAUUGGUUGGCUGUGGGUUAGUAUUAAACCAUAAGUAAAUGCUGGUCUCUGGUCAGUGAAAUGUGCUAUCUUCUGCACAUAGCAGCAAACUUUUUUUUCCUGAAUUUAUAAAGUAAUAUAAAUAAAGCCUUAUUGAUUGAACAUUGGAUAAAUUUUGAAUUUUUGACUUAAGCCUCUACACAAUUGGUUGAGGGAAUAUAUAUAUGUAGUUUUCCAAUUUUGCUACUGAUUUUCGCUGUAUAAAGGACAGAUAAACUGAGUUAUAUUACACAUAGCCUUCCCCAUGAACCUAAUAUUCACCUCUAUAUACAGCAGACUACUCAAGUAUAUAUUUGUAUAAAUGUAACUUAAGUAGACCCAGUGAAUAUAUUUCUGGAGAUUAAUUUAAGGUGUAUAUUUAUUAUUUUGACAUCAUUAAUGUUGAUUCGUAGUGGUUGUUGUUUCUUCAGUUUCUUGCAGUAACUCAAUAAGAGAGAUCCUAGCUGCAUCACAACAAAAAACAAAACAGAUGUUUUCUGUUAUCUUUCUUUUCAGUUUUAUCUAAAUAAUGUUCCUCAAAAUGUAAAGACUAGACUAAUAAAUCAUGAAAUAUUACCCAAGUCAGAAAAAAGAUUGCUAAGAACUUGCGUUCAUGGGGAAGAAGCUCUGUUUAUCUAGUGCAUGAUCUUUUGAUUAUAUUGCAUUAGUAGCUGUUAGAAUUUAUUUUACAUACGCAAAACAUUCAUUAAUUUUAUUGAAGAGGCAGCUUAUUUUGUGCACCCAAUGUCUGUGCAUAAAAGAAUGUAUUCAGCAUAAUGAAAUAUUAAGUUUUAAGUGUGACCUAGCCAGAUUAUAGUCUACCUUGUGUCUAAAUUGUAAGUAGCUUCUUGAAAAAUUCAGCUAAGUUACUAGAACAUUAUAGUGUGUAUGUGCCAUAAAGAAUGGUGAACAUUCCAAAGUUUCUUGUUACCUCAAAAUUAUCUUGAAGCAAAUAAAUAGUAGUACUGUAUUACUAUUAUUAAAGCAGGAGUAUAUAUUAUGGUAACAAGGAACAUUCAGAUGUUCCUGCUAAAUUUAAAGCAUGUGCCUUUGCUACUAAUCUUUGAUUUAUUUUAGCCUAAUAUUUCACAGUCAAGGGAUCAUUUUAGUGCUAUUAUUAUUAUACUAGACUUUCACAGGAUUCUAGCUGCUGCACACUUCACUUCAGUUGGAUUGAAGGUAAUGGUGUUGAUAUGGAUUGCACUGUAGAAUACUAGUGAAAGAAUUACAUAUCUUAUCAGUAUUUCACCAACUUGAAAUUUUAUUUGUCAGCUGGCCUAUGAUUCUUGGGGCUGUUGUGUGUUCUUUGUGGGAAAAUUUUAUUUUAUGUUAAGGGAAUAGGCUGUUAGCACAGGGUUGAGGUUGGGAUUAGAUCCUGCAUCUUCUUGCCUUGGAAACUUAGCCUCACUGUAUCAGAAUGCAAGACCUAGAAGAUAUUUUUAUAUCUCUUCUCCAAAGCUUUAAAAGUGCAUUUCCUAUUAAAUUUAAUGGGAUUCGUAUUGCAUAAAGCUCAGUGUGCAUUAAAAUGAUAGGCAUCUUAAAACUAUAACUAAAUUUUUCAAAAUCCACCAUAGCCAGAAUAAUUGAACAAGGUAUUGCUUUUAAUAUAUAUUUUUCUUAGGAUUUUAUAGAAGAAUAUUUAUGAUUUCACCUUAAACAGUACAACUUUCAGUUUGCAGCUCUGUGCUGUGCUCUUUCGCAAUGAUGAACCAUGUUAAAACUGGGAAAACAGUAUUAUUAAUGAGGUUCUGCAACUAGGAUAAAAAAGACCAUUUUAUAUUGUAGCCAAAUGUGCCCCCCAGACAGUUUGGCCUUUUCUCAGUGGAUAUGACUGGAAUGCAGCAUUCCCAUGUUACUCUGACUUUGAAAUAUGAAAAGUAAAUUUUAAAAUGAAUCUUCACUUUGACCUGAUUAAAUGCAUUUUUAUAUGACAGUCAAAAAUUAAGAAUAACACUUAGCUGUACAAGAAAAAGAGAAUGCAAACUGCCUAACUCACUUGUAGCAGAAUACCUGCUAUUUUGAGAUCUUAAAGACAAAAAUAAUCAAUCUGUCUGGAAUAUAAUCAAUGCCAUCCAACUAACUGGUAUGUUUAUUUUGAAUGUUGUUCUCCUGGCUACUCUUACAGAAUUUUUUCCUUUCAAUUAAUUUAUAAAUUUUUUGAAACUGUAAUUUGCUGAUGUAGAUCAGGUGUUGGGAGUAUUCUAUGCUAUUUCUUAAUAUGCACUGAUAUUAACUUGAACUAUUUCUUCAUUAAAAAGGAAAGAGCUGAUGCUCAUUCAACUUUU